CAUUCUAAGAAUAUAUUGAUUGAUGAUGGAAAGGCCUUAAUUACAGACUUUGGAAUAUCAAGCCGAUUUAAUAAUACCACUGCUUCGAUUUCAGGUGCAGGUAAUAAUAUGGUUGGCAUAUGGGUGUACAUAGAACCGCAAUGCUUUAUACAACAUGGAAUAAAAAUUGAAUGCAAAGAGAAAUCUGAUAUUUACGCCAAGCAAUUUCAAACAAUGAAAGAGAAAAAUCUAUUGAAGGAUUAUUUAAACCUUUAUGAAAAAUACUGGUCUUCUGAUCCGGACAUAUAUACCGAACUUUCUGAUGAAAUACUUUCUGAUGAAGAUUAUGAUGCAAAUGAAGGCUCAAAUAUGUUUAAUUCUUUUGAAGCGACAAAAAAAAGGAAGUGUAAAAUUUCAUCAACAAAUGAUAAAAAUAAUAAUGACCAAGCAACAUUAUCAACUUUGAUUAGUUUAUCACCUGAAAAUAAGAGAGUCAGGAUCGAAGCAUCAGAUGAACAAUCAUGGUUUCAAUAUGAUGAAAUUAACAUGCAGCAACUUUAUGAAAUUAAUAUACAUAAUGCACAAAAUGCAACUUCCCGUGUGACCAUCAGCUCACCACAUGCCAAACAAUUGCAUGCUUUGUCGUCAUCAAAUAUCAUAUCCGCUUCAAACACAAAUGCUCUAUGUGUUGGAAAUACUUUACAAUAUAGCAAUAUGCUUCUAAUAGUAUGUGCGUUCACUGUAGUAUAUUUGUAUCAGUCUGUAGAUGGAAUUGGUGCUAUUAAUCAAAUGAAGAUUAGUAAAUAUGAUCUUGUCUUCAUGGAAAUUGUUUUACCAAAGUUGGAUGACAUUUUGACAGCUCCACACCAAUUAUUAGCAUCACACCAAGAUUGUAGUUUUUAUCUUUCACAUGAAAUGAAUGAUGUUCUUGCCAAGCCAUUCAGCAAAUCAAUAUUUCUUAAGAUGUUAGAAAAUUAUUGUUUACAUCUUGUCAUGCCGAAAUUCCAGAGUAUUCCAAGACCAUUUGGUAUCUCUGAUAAGUCAAAAUCAGCUUCUAAUAGUGACAUGUUUUCUCACUCUUCAGAUACAUCAGUUGGAGAAAAAAACAAUGAGCAUCAUGAUAGUUUGAUUUCAAACCAAUUGGCCUUGACCGUGUCUGACAG